GCAGGUGCUGAAAUAUUCUCUCUCUCGUAAACAAGAGCCAAAGCAACGAGCAAGCCUUAAAUCUUCAGUUUCACUUGUUUUCAUGUCGGAUCAAGUUUCCUGUCUCACCUGCUCGGGCCUCCGUAAUCUUAACUGUCCUUUGUCUAAUGUGCCGUGAUUGUGUCUGAAAGCCUUUCCAAAUAAGACAACGUGGACCUGCAUCAGUAGUAAUUGGAUUCUCAGCGAGGGAAGAAAGGUCCUGACUGCCUGGACUGUCUGCUCUCUUAGUUAUUAUGGGUUAUUAUGUUAGACCUAUGCUUCUUUUUUUUUGCCUCCUUAUAUUGAUAUUGUGGCUCCUGUGCAGUGAAUCAGCAGUCAAUUUCUGUUGCCAUGUCUGUUAAAAAUACUCUGCAACCCAGCGCUGGUGAAUUCUCCAAUCGGAUUGAUCAGUAGGUGGUGUGAAUGUUCAGGCAUGACCGUUUUACAAGAUCACCAUGCAGGCCUGAGAAAUAUUGCACUGAUGCCCAUAGCCUGUGGAAACCAAAGAGCAAGGACAUAGUCUCAGUAGAGCCGUGGCAACCCCAUCCUCAAGAAUGCUUCAGACAUAAGCUGCUCAGUUGGUGAGGCGUCACCAUGACGAGCCUGAAACGUUCACCUUCUGAGCGGCCUGCUGUCGGGACAGGCAAUGCCCCUGAAGAAUUUUAUACUCGUCCGUUACGCCAGACCAAUGGAGGGGUAAACCUUCUGCGCCCUGAAAACUCUUACCAGACAGGGGGCAUGACUGGAGUACCGAAAAUGGGGGUCCGAGCUCGGGUUGCUGACUGGCCACCUAGGAGGGAUGGGGGAAAUUUGAGACCACCUAAUGCAGAUGCAAUGACUCACAUGGGAGCUAGCUCAGGUAGUCAGCCCAAACUUGGUUCUCUGAUUGGUCCCCAAGAUUCUUUAAUGCUUCAAAACAUCCAAAAGACACUCCAGAGCAAGAUAAAUCAAGCCGGGUGUGGAAGUGCCAUGGAAGAGCAGAUGCUUACAGUUGAUGACCAUAGAAGCUCUUCUCGUGGUAACACUAGACGCAUCCGGCAACGUAGUAAUAGCGACAUGACCCUAAGUGAAGUUGAUGGCAGUGGGGAUAGUGGGGAAGAUUGGGGUUCUAUAGGGACAAAGUGGUCUCCAUUGCACCGCGAGUACGGCAGCACUUCCUCCAUUGACCAGCAUGCAGUUUCCUCCUCUGAAAUCUCAAGGAACAGCUUCUUUGAGAUGUUAAAGGGCUAUGAAGGGGAGAAGCAAGACCAACGAAGCCCUGCACCUGAAAGGCUGGCAGAACUAUUAACGGUCUCUACCAAAGAGCAGGACCUGCUGGACUCAGUUAUUGAAGACUUGAAAAAUGAGUCACCCUCUAGUCGGUUGAGAGAAAGAGACAAACCCCCAAAGAGAAGGUCCAAAUCAGAGACAGGGGGUGAAUCAAUAUUCAGGAAACUCCGCAGUGCGAGGACAGAUGUAGAUUCUCCCAGGGUGGGUUCUGAUAUGGAGGACAACCGUCUUGAAGAUUCCAAACCUCCAUUAAAGCCCUGGGUCUGCCAGAAAGGUUUUGCACAUUAUGAUGUCCAGAGCAUGUUGUUUAACAUGAAUGAGGUGAUCCAGAACAGACAGAGCUCUGCAGCCAAAUGCAAAAACACUACUUCUGGUGCCUCUGCUGCUUCUGCUUUUUCUGGUUCAGCAACAUCCACCUUAUCUUCAACACAUAGCUUGCCAUACAGCUCUCCUGGUGGCAGCCAGGAGGAACUUAACACGCGGGACAGUCCAACUUUGGACACAGCUGAUGAUGACGGCAAUGAACUAGUACUGAAAUGUCCUUGUUUCUGUACUGAAACUGGGGGUGACAUUAAACACAAGGUUGCUGUUCCAGCUGAGCUGGGUGGUGGAAAUUCCAGGGUUUAUGGACGAGAUGAAACUGCACUAAGCCACCAUUGCACCAAUGGAGGUAUUGCUGUUGUAGAAGGUCCCAAAGAUGCAGCCAGCUUACUCGGUGAUCGUGACAAGCAGUAUGCAAUUGAGCAUGUGGACCUUGGAGCAUACUACUACAGGAAAUUCUUUUACUUGAGAGAGCAUUGGAACUACUUUGGUGUAGACGAGCUAUUAGGCCCAGUGGCAAUAAGCAUAAGGAGAGAGAAGAUGGACGACCACAAGGAGCAUGGCCAGCAGUAUAACUACCGAAUAAUAUUCCGAACUAGUGAGCUGACCACCUUGCGUGGCUCUGUACUCGAGGAUUCAGUGCCUUCCACUGCUAAACAUGGCACUGCUCGAGGGUUGCCCCUUAAAGAAGUGCUGGAAUACCUGCUGCAGGAGCUGGACAUCUCCUGCCUGCGGCUUGCCCUCAACACACCAAAAGUAACGGAGCAGUUGAUGAAAUUGGAUGAACAGGGGCUUAGCUUCCAGGUGAAGGUGGGAGUAAUGUACUGUCGUGCAGGUCAGAGCACAGAGGAAGAGAUGUAUAACAAUGAAAUGGCCGGUCCUGCCUUUGAAGAGUUCCUGCAGCUCCUGGGAGAGAAAGUGCGAUUGAAAGGUUUCAGCAAGUACCGGGCUCAGCUGGACACCAAGACGGAUUCCACUGGGACACACUCUCUGUACACUGCAUACAAAGACUAUGAGAUCAUGUUUCACGUGUCAACCAUGCUACCGUACACUCCAAACAACAAACAGCAGUUGUUGAGGAAGAGACACAUUGGGAAUGAUAUCGUCACCAUCGUUUUCCAAGAGCCAGGAGCUCUUCCCUUCACCCCCAAAAACAUCCGCUCACAUUUCCAGCAUGUCUUCAUCAUCGUCCGUGUUCACAAUCCCUGCUCGGACAACACCUGCUACAGUUUGGCGGUCAGUCGCUCGAGUGAUGUACCCUCGUUUGGACCCCCAAUCCCCAAAGAAGUGACUUUACCCAAAUCCACCGUGUUCAGAGAGUUCCUUCUGACAAAAGUCAUCAACGGCGAGAACGCCGCUCACAAGUCAUCCAAGUUUGGAGCCAUGGCUACACGCACUCGUCAGGAGUACCUGCGCGACCUGGCCGAGCACCAUGUUACCAGCACUCCGGUGGAGUCGUCAGGCAAAUUCCCUUUCAUCUCACUGGCUCAUAAGAGAAAGGAGAAAAUGCGGCCGUAUGCAGGGGCAGAGCUGCGCAGCAUGGGUGCAAUCACAUGGGCAGUGCAUUUGGAGGACCUGGUGAUGGGGGCGGAGCGCGAGGGUCUGCUGGCUAUCUCAAAUGAGUUUGUCAUUAUCCUCGACCAGGAGAUCAAAGCUUUGGCGUUCAACUGCUCCGCGAGAGACGUGAUUGGCUGGUCACUGGGAAGCCCCGCCUCCAUGAAGAUCUACUACGAACGCGGCGAGAGCGUUUCGCUGCGAUCCAUCAACAACAAUACAGAGGACUUUGGCGAGGUCGUCAAACGCCUGGAGCUGGUGACUAAGGGCAGUCAGACGAAGGAGAUGACCCUGAGGAGGAACGCUCUGGGUCAGCUCGGGUUCCAUGUAAAUUUCGAGGGCGUCGUAGCCGACGUCGAACCCUACGGCUACGCGUGGCAGGCGGGGUUGAGGCAGGGCAGCCGAUUGGUGGAGAUCUGCAAGGUGGCCGUGGCAACGCUGUCACACGAGCAAAUCAUCGACCUGCUGCGCACCUCAGUGACGGUACGAGUGGUGAUCAUCCCUCCACACGAGGACUCCACUCCCCGCAGAGGUUGCUCGGAGAUAUACCACAUGCCGCUAGUGGACUACAAAAACCACAAGGAGGGGAUGCCCUAUGAGUACAAGUUCCCCUUUCGCAACAGCAAUGAGAAGUGGCCUCGACCCACCGCUCCUCCACAGACUGUGGUCUGCACUUCCCAGAAUCGAAACAUCAACCAAGGCCAAGGGGCAGCGCUGAGCAAGGCGCAGAAUCCCGACUACGCCAGACGUGGUUCACUCCUCCCUCGCAGCGUGUCCAGUGAAGGCCGCCCACUGAACGCUAAAAGAUAUUCUCCAGGCUCUGAUAACUACGCCCUGGCUUGUUCCAUCGUGAUGGGCCGGUCUCCCCACACCCGCAACUCCCCCAACAACCAAUCAUUCUCCAGUGACACCAGCUCCAGCUCCACCCACUGGCGUCAGAAGUCCAAUCCAGACGGGUUUAACACAAACCGCAGCUCACCAUUAACUGCUGAUCGUCAAAUUAUGAAGGAGUGUGUGUGGGUUACACCCAGCUGGGUCAGAGUGGUGGAGGGAGAAGGAGCCAGUAGGACACCAUCAGACCUGACAAACAUAAAGCCAGUCCUGAUGAGCAUUGAUCAACACCUCAAAGAUCAUACCACAUCACCCUACCCGAACACAAGCUCUAAGAACGACUCUACAUCCAUCAGCCAGUCCGCCAGCACCACCCUGUCCAGCCAUGCCUCCAGCUCCAGCCAUAGUGAGGAGAAGUGGUUUGAUUUCGGUGGGAGGCUGGAGUCCGAGCUGAAUGGCUUUACAACCACUUGUCCCCAGGGAGCUUCCGCUAAUGGCGCCGUUGAAGCUGCGCCCAGGAACUCUAAGGCUAAAGAGAAAGCCUCAGCUCACUGGGGGGAGAUCACCUCCACCUGUAAGGAUCUGCAGGUCUCCCCUGCAGGCUCAGAGACUCCUCUUCACACAGAUCUCGCUGAGAAUCAGGCCAAAAGCCCUCUGCCUCCAGAUACCAGUCCCCAUAAUACCAGUGAUGCAGCCUCUCAUUCCAGCACUCUGAGUUCAGUGCACUCGGGCAGCCCACCGAGCUCCACUCAGGAGGAAUCAGCCCCCUCCACCUCCUCCCCCACCCAUCCAUCCCUCUCUCCUGGAGCCAAGAGCUUCUACCCCCGCCAGGGAGCCACCAGCAAGUACCUGAUUGGCUGGAGGAAACCAGGGGGCACCAUCAACUCGGUGGAUUUUGGUAGCAGUCGCAAGCGGCAUCAGAGCGAUGGCUAUUUAGGUGGGCAGCCUCAGCUACGGGCCACUAUGAAGGUGAGCCAGUCCCCCCAGCCCACUGCCAAAUCCACUGUCGAGGAGGAUCUAAAGAAGCUCAUUGCUCUGGACAGUCCUCCUCCUAGCUGUAGCAAAACUAAGCCCUUCUCACUGUCCACACAGAGUCCCCGCUCCUUACAGCGGACCUUCUCUGAUGAGAGCAUCUUCAGCGGGCAGAGGGUGCUCACGGCGGCCCGUCAGAGUGCCAACCUGUUCGGUCGCUCCACCAUGCCGCGCUCACCCAGUGCACGCAGCGCCUCACUGCACCAACCAUCUUACACACAGGGGGCAAAAUCUCUGGGUGACCUCACUUUCACCGAGAGUGUUUUUGAGGCUGCACCAUGCAGGAAGCCCCAGCAGGACCCUGGCCUCAUCCCCCUUCCUGAUGCCAGUGCAGACAGUGGGCUUGACUGGUCUGAUCUUGUGGAUGCAGCCAAAGCCUUUGAAGUUCAAAGAGCGACGUUCUUGGCAGUGAAAGAUACCACUUCUAGGUCAGAGACACACAGCCCCAGCUCACAGAAGGCUGAGCUUCAGACGUCCCUACAGCAGCACGGCUCAUCCAGUGAGAAUCCUGCCAGUCUGAUUGGGAAAGUCAGCCAGCUGGAGUCAAUGGUGAAACUGCUGCAGGAGGAUCUAAAAAAGGAGAAGGAUGCGAAGGCGUCUUUGCAGGCUCAGAUCCAGAGUCUGAGGGCAGACAAUCAGCGGCUGCUGGAGGAAUCUCAGAACACCUCGGCCAAACUGAAGAAGUUCACAGAAUGGGUUUUCAACACCAUCAACAUGGACUGACCCUCUGACCUUUCCUGUGCCGUGUUGCCACACUCUAGAUGCAAUAUGAUUAAUCACAGUGAAUCUGUACACGAUCCAGUGUGACUCCUGAUAUAUAUACGAGAACCCUGCAUGUGUUUCUGGGGUACGUGUGCACGCCUCCCCCCUCCGAGUGCCAGACCUGACAGAACUAUUUCAGUUGUUUUAUAAUCAGGAAGAACUACUGUAGUGUAGCACAUUUUUUGUCUGGGGGGGGUCAUUAAUUUGUUUAAUUGCCCACUUCCUCUCUGUUCUUUGGCUCUCUAUAAUGUGAUGUCCUUAAAGAAACUCAAGGCUAUAAAACAGUAAUUCACUUACUCUUCAAGAAAUUGCAAUGAAAGCUAUAACCAAGUCCACUUUGCUGUACAGUUUAAACCUGUGUGUGGGGAAAAAAACACUAAUAAACACUUACAUAUAGAGACUUGUGGCUUUACAGGCGACUUCCCCCACCCCAAAAGGGCCAAAAGCUCCUGCUAAAGACAAGUUGGGAGCCGUUUCUAUACCAUUACAGUGACCUUACUAGAAUUUCAAGCUUGUUAUAUAUAUAUAUAUAU